GGAACCAAUUUGAGGGUUCGGGUUGAGGUGAUCCACACCCAUGUAUUAAUAGCAUGAACGGCCGAUCCACAGCAUCCAACAAACCACGGCAACCUGCUGAAUUCAUUGGAUUGGAUGUAUCAUCAUCAUUGCUGUGAAACCCGAACAAGUCUCCUCUACUAGCUAGCUAGCUGCCCAUCGAGCCUUUCAGCAAUUCACAGCUUGUUGAAGCAGUAGGAAGAAAUCUUUGUUUGGGGACGACCAUGGCCUUCAAUUUCGGGGCUGCGAAUCCAACGCCGGCUCCGUUUGGGGCCACGGCUGGGACUCCAGGAGCACCAGCUUCGACCAACGCUCCAGCUCCAUUUGGAUUUGGUGGUGGAACACCUGCGGCCAGUACACCGGGGCCAGGAGGAGUGUCCUUUGGAUCGUCUCAGCCAGCUCCAGCCCCAAGUUUCGGCUUUUCCGGCAAUGCCCCAACUGCCGUGGCAGGGACCCCAGCUCCAGCGUUUACGUUUGGAUCCACGGCCGCCAACACACCGACUCCAGGAAACUUUGGUGGCUCUGCUGCUCCAUCGGCUGCUGCUCCAGCCACUGGUUUCGCCUUUGGUGGAACGACGCCAGCUCCUGCUCCGUCGGCAUUUUCCCUCGGACCCACUACAGCUCCCGCUACCAAUGCUUUCUCCCUCAGUGGAGCGACUCCUGCUCCAGGAGCUCUUGCUACAACCACCACGACCCAACAACAGCCAGGCAUGGAAGUACCUGCCAUGAGCUCGCUAUUUCCCAAUGAAAAAGUCUAUGACGAGAUUACCAUGCUCCUCUCUGCCAGCGAGUCGGCAUCAGAAGGCGGACGAGAAGCUGCUUCGGAAUUGGUCCAACGAUUGCAAUGCAGCAACGACGAAAAGGCUCUGGGAAAACUCCUCUCGUCACCCAAAACCUUGGCAUAUUCGAAUCCUGAUGCCAAUAUUCGAAACCAGUUGCAGACCAAUCCAUCUGUGAUCUUGCCCGGCCAGAGAGAGGCAACGCUGGUCCCAGAAAUGCUGGGCGAAGUAAUCCGUAUUGCAGACGAUUUGAGAAUCUCCGAAAGAGAGGCAUUGUGUCUCUUUGCCGAAGUUAGCAAUGAUGAACGACGACUGGAAUUGGAGGAUCAACUCCAGGAGAGUUUCAUCGACAAAUCACUGGCGGACGACAAAGACAACUCGCUCUAUCCCCUGGCGCUGGGCAGAAAUGUAGUCAAGGCGGCCAAAGAACUCUACUUUUUGGAACGCGGACGAUUGUCGCAAUUACUGCUCCUCUUGGUACAAACUCGUAUUCAAGCGGAUCAACAGCCUUGGGGAGAAUUGAUCAUUGAGGCAACCGAUAGUUUGCUGCAAAACAAUCUCAUUGAUAACUUGGUCAAAAUCAUUCGGGAAUGGACAGAGAUCAUUGUUCAAAUCGAAGCGAAAUUGUCCCUGAGUGCCAGUAUGAAUUCGUUCAGCGCGUUUCCCAAGGAGCAGCAAAGGAAAAAGCAUUUUGACAUGGUGCAUCUACAAUUUGCCGUCCAAGAGAGACAAAUUGCCGCUGAGACGUUGUUCUAUUUGGCAUACCAUACUCAAUUUACAGCGGGCGAGGUGGCAGGGGUAAUUGAUGUCAUCAAAGUCCUUUCCAACGGUAUCAAUCAAUCAGACAAGGGAUUGACUCUUCUCAACCCCUUUCACGACGUACCCAGCUCGUACCAGAACCCUCCGCAUCAGGUGGAUACACCUUGGGCGCCGUACCAAUCCAACCCAGGACCCUUGAAGGAGAAGACGUUCCUGGAAUGGGAAAAGCAGCUUGUCAAAAAGACAUGUCAAACAACCAUGCCUGAUCUGUUGCGCUGUGUCAGUGCGCUCGUGAUGACUGUGAUUUCGUCGUUGGAUUCCAAGCAGACUCUGGUGGACCGCCAAACUCACCGCGUGAACUCGUUUGGGGUGGGCAACAAGCUGUGCCCCCCCGGAGAGACUUCCACCAGUGGCCUCGAACCCAUUCAUAACAGGUUGACGGCUGAUGGAUGCGCAGAGUGGAAGAGAACUGACGUCUGCGGGCUCUUGUGCGCCUCAUAUGCGAUGCUACUUCGGUCCUCCCCUGUUUUGCUGUCGUCGCCGAGGGCAGGAUCCUCAUCUCCGUCCAGGGCUCGUAUGCGAGUGUUUAUUGCCUGCAUUACUGCGCCGAUGUAUCUCAAAUCAGUCACUUUCGCUCGAUUAUGCUUGUUGCCGGCAUUGCAACGACCAUCUCGUGUGUCAAGUUCGGCUUGUGAUAGCUCCGAGUUUUUCCUUUCAGUGCUCUCGGAAUACGUAGCCAACUUUUUGGAAACCCUGAGUCACUCAGGCAAUCUCCCUCUGUCGCGGAAAACGUGGAAAAGAGAGCAAGACGAAGGUCUGCAGCUAAAGCGCGACAACCAGAAACAGAGGCGGGAGUUCAAGGCAUGGUCUGGAAACCGUGAUGAUAGCCCAGAAGAAGCCGUACCGAAAUCAGUCGAUCUAAUGGCACGCCCUGACUGCAUGGACGACAUUGCCGCCUUUGCGAUUGCAGUGGCUUCACUCGGCAGUGAUUACGCCAUCAAGUUUUGGUCUGUGUCGAGUGAAAACGAGACUCACAAACUUGUUCCGAGCCGCACGCUAUUGCAGCUGAAAGCUAUGGCAUCCAAGGAUGAUUCAUUACCACCGUUUUAUGUGGCGAUGCUUGCAUCUUUGGCGGGAGCCACUAACCCCAGCCUUUCCGACAGCGGUGCCUCCACUGUCUCUAACUUGCUUGCUGAUCCAAACGAAGUUCAAACGAGUUGGACAGUAGUACUCAGUACGCUUCGAUGGUACUUUCGCCAAUACGACAACAGCGGCUCAAGCGCGGCAACAAGCACGGGGGCCUCCAUGCCUCCGACAAAUAAUUACUACUACCAAAGAGUAAUGCAGCAACAGCAGCCUCCCAAAUCGGCUCAGAGCUCGAAGCCUUUCCAAGAACUUGGCGAAGCCAAUAUAUUCAACUUGCUUGGUAUGUUGGGGCUUAUCACCAAUGUGGCGUCCGUGUCGGCGGAAGCUCGAUUGCAGAUCCUUUCAACAAAGCUACCGAUCACGAAUGAAAACACAGGCGCCGUCUUGGGCACGGACGCUACGCUCAACGUAUUGUUUGCACUCAGCGUUGCUCCUUUGCCACCCGAGGUUAGAGGGGCAACGUUGGGUGCUAUUGCUAAUCUGAUAUGCAUGGAUGGUUUGAAUGACCAGGACAAAGCAAAGAUGUUGAUCUAUGCCACUUCAGCUUGGGAGUUACUCGAAGGCUGUCAGAUACUACCGGUGGUGCUUCUGGACCAGAUUCCACCGCCGAUUGCAGUCGCACAGCUAAAUCGAUCCUCUGGUCUGAAGUUCCCGGCCUCAUCUACUUCAUUGGCCGGAAGUGAGGCGUCAAACAAGUGUCCAAUUCCUGUGGACCAAACUUAUGCCAUCCUUUACGAAAUGGAACAUGUAGAGUCAGCCAAAGGGCGAUACACUUCGACAGAAGGUUUUAUUCGUUUAUUGAACGCGUUGUUUUCGUGCUGCUCCCCAUCAGAUCUCGGCAAGCACUGGAGACUGCGAACUGGUUGUACGCCGUAUGUUGAAUACAUUUGCCACUAUGUGCUUCCCAGGGCAACAGGCUCAAUGGGCAAGAAGAUAGGGAAAUUGCCGUUCCGAUCGAAAGCAGACCAGGUUCGUCUGGUCUCGCUUGCUUUGGAGGUCAUCGAGACCAUACUUGUCCGUUACCCCAUGGCGACCGGCUUGGACAAGCAAGGAGGCGCAGUUGCUACUGACCAUGCAUACCGGUUGCUUGGACAAAGGGGGCUUGCCGAAAAGUUGGUGUUGAACAGCACAGGAAGUCAUAUCGAGGAAGUCCGGGACGAUUUUGAGAACAAGUUGAUUGACGCCAAAUCUCUGCAUGCGGGGGGGCUACAAAGCCAGACCCCGGCGUCUUUCCAGGGAGGUCCCUCGUCUGCCAUUCCAAGGCCCAAGUCACCGGGAUUCGUGGUCAUGGCCAACAUUCUGUCCGUCUCCAACAGCGAGGUACUCACUGCAAUACUGGCUUUGCUUGCAGAUCUUGUACCAAGCCUUUCAAGCGCUGGAAUCGGAUCGUCUCGCUUGGCGGAAACUUACGCCCUAUUCAAGGAUACCCCGCCAACCAUGACCAGCGCGAAACACGCAGGAAAGAAAGAUGUCGACGUGACAUCUUCCAUGCGCGAAAAACUAUUGGAAGGUCUACGUCCCAGCUUCGAGGACCCGCAGAGUUUCUCGGGAGCUGUGUCAUGGCAGGAACGUUGUGUGAUGCAUGCCUUGCAAAUUCUUUGCGCCACUGCCGUGCGAGAAGAAGCUUUCUAUACCGCUGUUACUGCUUCGCGACGACAACUGCAAAUUGUACCAAUUGUGCGCUUUGACAAACCUGUGGCAUCUGCCACUGAACUCUGUGUAGACAGGGUCCACAUUGCGCGGCUGUUCGAUCGUCUUUCAACGUCUCGAGACAUAAUCCAGUGCCUUAUUGGUUGCGUUGGAUACAGCGAUGCCUCGUCCGACGAGCAUAAUGCAUGCAUUGCUGCAGGUGGGUUAUCUACGCUGUUCUAUAUUCAGCAGGCUCUACGAGCUCCUUCGAUCGAAUCUCUUUUUGGCAAUUCUCCUGUUGGGCACAGACGAGUUCGCAUGGCAGUGGCCCGUCGAAUGAUGAGAUCAUUUGAACGCUGUGAAUUCUUGCCUGAUUCAGAGAUGCUUGCAUUGAUCCUCUCGUGGCUGCUCUCCGACUGUCGUCGAGGAGAACAAGCUACGGGUCUUGCGCACCUGUUGUUGGGAAUAGGAGCCAGAGACCAACUUUUCCUGCCGGGGAGUGAACCUCAAGAUUGCUUUGCUGCAAUUCUUCUCAUGGUGAAUGAGUUUCCUUUCAUUGUGAACGAAGAAACUUCCCUUUACGCGGCGAACUGCUUUGAGAUUAUGGUUAGGUUGUGUGAUCUGAAACACGUGAACAACGCCGUCUCUUUGCAACGGGCCUUGGCGGCGAUGGAGCGUCUACGUUCUGUUUCAUUCUGGAAAAACAAACUGGAAUUUUUCUCAAGCUGGGGCGGCGACCGAUCAUUUUUUGAUGCGCUUUCGACUCCGGGGCACGUCAAUUGCAACACUAUCCAUUCGAUGGCUUGGAUCUUGUUGGGGGCGGCCACGGAAUUGCACGUUCUCGCAGGUUUCUCGCCCUCCAUUGGGAAUACAAUGCCUUACAUCCCGCCUCGUCCAAACAAUGGCCUGAUACUGGCAAACGUGUUGUUCGGUUCUAACGACGACGUUGUGGGGAAUAUCGUCCGUCAUUUGCCUCUGCAGCGACUGGCCUUGGACGCUGCUCGGUCACCACCUCAAGCCGCGAUUCGAAUGGCGGGGAGACCGCUCGAUGGUGCCACUGAAGUGACGGCUGGCUAUUCAGUUCUCGACAAACAUGCAUUGUUGACCGCAGUUUCGCACCUCAAAAAGGAGCACUUUUCAGACUUUGAGCAGUGGGCAGAAUUGUGGAAUAUGGCGGUGAAGCUGGACUGUGCCGUUUCGCAUCUAUCAGAAGUUCUCCGUCUUGUCAUUGACGUCUGUCUUCCUUAUUUUGUUGGCGAGACGCCUGGUGGCUUCGGGCUGCCAUUGGAUUCUUUGUUGACGCAGUUGUCUUUGACCGUGGCGCGCUUAGAGGGGAUGCCUGAAGGUUCGCAGUACUCCGCGAGGGCCACUUGGAACUUGAGUUGGGUCGUCUUGGUGCUUUCUCAGGCAGUGGCCGCAGUGGCAGAAGAAUCUGGUGGUGGAAUGGACGAUCUCAGGCGAUUGCGCGAUCAGCUGGCGCUGAGUGUGAGAAGGUCGGGUCGACGAAGCAGUGGGAACGAAGCAUCCUUUCACAACGAAAGGACUGCCAUGCUCGGCGCCGCGAUGACAGAAAUCAUGCAAGCCAUGAGGCACGAUGAAUCCACAUGGGAUAAAAGUCUCGCCCUGGAUGUUGCCAAUGUGCUGGCGUCCAUUUCGUUAGAAUCUGUCAACCAAGGCAGCACGACCGGUGGCACCGCGGCGCUAAGGCCUACCAGGGCCGCCAUCAUUGCUAGAAGCAGCCUUGGGGCCUUUAUUAUGAUCUGGGAUGAAGAUGUUGGGGCGCCAUUGGAAUCUCUUGCACACACUGUCUUGUCCGGGAUACCUCCUGGGGAGAGAGAACCCAAUGCAAUUCCAUUGCUGCGGCUCGUUGGAAGGAUGGACUUGGAUGUGAUCGGCCUUGUUGUUCAGCUUGUUCAAAUUCCGUUUGUUGGAAACCUUCUCCUUGAAGCCGGUUUAAUGAGAUUCUUGGCCAAUGCUGCUGAAAUUUACAUGACCGAGGAGCAGCGGUUGCUCAGUGUUUCGAAUAGCCGAAACGUCUCUAUUGGAUUCCCUCCUACGCUAUACAGGCACUUGCAAAUUUUCAGGGCCCUCAUGGCAACCUCUGCUCAACUAUCGGAUGCCCACAUGUCGAUGCUGCCUCAACAGUUCUUCGCUGUCCUGGGCAGGUACCGCAUCGCCAUCGAGCCAUCUUUCAGCCGUUUUGCUGAGUACGGCAAGGAGCUUUGCCUCCUUGUGCAAUGCUGGGCGCAGCUGAGCAAGCUUACAUCGCCUGCAACAAACAGCACACUCCAGGACAUGCCAAUUGCCCGAGUAGAGUGUCCUUACCGAGGCUCUGUCUGCGAAACGAUGAUUGUCGAGACAGUGCUCAAAAUAGCCGAAAACCCUCUCCCGGAGAAUUGUGUUGCGGAACUACCCUAUUCUUUUACAAAGCUGAACGAUGCGGUGGCUUCAGAGGUGGUUCAAAGUGUGGAUGCCCCGGGGGCAUCGUGGUGGGAGUCCAAAUUGUUCAAGUCACGUAACUCUGGUCUGAAUGGCACUUUGCGCAACUUUGACGAGUGGACCGAGGAAGAUUUCGCACAUGCCGUGCUGGGUACCGACAUUCUAAAACCUGGGCUCCGUGUUCUGAUGGAGUCGGGCUUGAGAAACCUUCGCUUUGAGCUCUUGUUGGUGAGAGGGCUCUUUCGACUCUGCAAAGCGGCUGAGUUGAUCCAACAGCAGCUGGAGCUGCUUCACCGCCCUCAGUACAAUAUUAUGAUGCAAACCGAUGUGGGUGAAAACAGUGUUGUGGACCUGGAAACACGGUUACGACAUCUGCGUGAGCUCGGUCCAAAGAUCAGCAGCUGUGCGCACAGACUGCUGCUGGCUUUGGUGAUGCGAGUCAAAGUCAUCAGGCUAGAAACAGAGAAUCGUUCGAGAGAACCGUGGUCUGAGUACUUCAAAGCUGUCAAUGAUUUGUUGCAGUACACAGACCUGGAGUCACAGGGUAUUCCAUGUACAUUGGGAACGAAAGAACAGAAUUCGGUGCGAAAGCUUGUGGAAUCCCUUCGGUUGCUGGUGGUGCCAUACCAGUGAUUACAUCACACCAAUACAACGCGACCUCGAAUACAACUUGGUAGUAGCACUAUAUCGAAUAACCUGGGUUGUAACUAUAGUAGGCAGGUAACCCGUAACUAUAGGUAUCGAGCUAGCUAGCCAGCAAGCUCGGAAGCAGUGUGCAGCCAGCACACAUGUCUGCUUGUGUCUUCGGUUCCGUUCAAACC